AUGAGUUGGAACUUGCUCGAGCGCUUCAUCGAGUCGGAACACUUCAACCGGGAUCCGUCGUUGACUGUGGCCUAUCUGGCUCGAUACGCCGACCAUGUUGGAAUCCAAUACGUCCUCUGCUCCAAGCUGCGCCAGUUCAGCUAUGAAGACAUCGAGUUCUUCCUGCCGCAGCUAUGCCACCUGGUCAUGUCGCUGGACAACGAAAGCAUGGCCCUCGAGGACUUUAUCCUAGAUCUAUGCGAGGAGUCGGUGAAUGGCGCUCUCCUGACCUUCUGGCUACUACAGACCUACCUCCGCGAUCUUGCCCAAACUCCCACCUCCAACGCUUUCAAGACGUGCCGUCGCAUCUACAACCGAGUCCAGCGAAUCGUCUUUGGUUCAUCUGAGCCUGUCCGCCGAGAGAAGAUUACCGAAAAUGUCUUGCCCGUCACUCUGCUAUCCAGUCUUGUGCUCGGUGCUAUAGCUGCGCCCUUCCUCCCCCGUCAUGCUGGUCCGCUGGCCAUUGCACAGGCCAGGAGGCCGCGUCCAGUAGAAGAGACAAUCUCCGACAACAUACAACCACAGCGUAUUUCCAGGAGUCAUACUGUCUCUGGUGCUUCUGGUCGCUCUAGAAAACCCCGUCCUCCUCCACAAGCAACCAAGGAUGCUUCUACUCCACCAGGCACUUCGACCCCCAAGAGAGCCUCGCGACCAAUGUCACUGCUUGUCAGAGAUAGCCCGACACCAACCAGAGACUCGCCUAGCAGUCGUGCCAUGGCAGAGGCUUUGCGCGCAACACAAAACAACAAAGCCUUUGCGAGCACAGCCUCUCUUCCGGAGCUUCCCUCACAGCCAGUCUCUGAGGCCCCUCGUCUAUCCCGCCAGCAUACAGAACACUCUGUCCGCCGCCAUUCUGCUAGCACAAAAGCUAUCAAUCUUGCUAACCUGUCACGCUCGCAAAAAGUUCGCAUGCUUCGUUCGAAUUAUUUCCGCAGUCAGACACAGUUCUUAAGUGCCCUCGAGGAUAUCUCUAACCGUCUGGUUGCUGUGCCAAAACCUGCUAGACUGAGUGCUCUCCGUGCCGAGCUCGCUCUGAUUGCCCAGGACCUGCCUGCGGAGGUCGACGUACCCCUGCUCUGUCCUGCAACUCUUCCAGAUGGUAGUCCGAGCCGUAGUCAGCAUCACCGUAUCAUCAGGCUCAACCCUGCCGAGGCCACUAGUCUGAACAGUGCUGAAAGAGUACCGUAUCUGCUGAUGGUAGAGGUCUUGAGGGAAGAUUUCGAUUUCGAUCCUGAUUCUGACCAGAAUACACAACUUCUCACUAAGCUGGUACUUGAGAAGGGAAAACCUAAGCGGCGUCUAUUUGACAUCACAGAUGCCUCACGAGAAUCUGCUCGCUAUCAGACUGAAACUACAGUCGAGAACGAUAGCGUCCUGGAGCCUGCAUCAGGCGAUCUGGCUAGUCCUGCUUUACUGCAAGAACUAGAUGGACAUGAUACUCCUCGUAACAUUUCUAGAUCACAUACCCCUUCCAACGCCACUAUGUUGAGAGAGCUUCCUCGACUAUCCAGCGGUGUGAGUACCUUGUCAUCAUUGAGCCUGACGACACCACGAACAUCGGAUCUGCCAAUGAGUAGAUCUGUCAGUCCUUCACCUUUUGCUUCAGCGGCUGGCCGCUCGCAAGCAUCAGAUCAACCCGACUUUUCUGCUUUGGCAACUCACAUGCGAGCUGCUUCAUCCAUGCUCUCACAGCUCGACUUGAGCAGUUCGAAACGGCCAAAGGCUGAAGUCGCCGCUAUCAAGGCGAGGAUUAUUGCCAGUAUGCAAAGUCUGGAAGAGCAGAGCUUCUAUACUGACGAUAGCACACACGCCACGAACUUCGAUGCCAUCAUGGCUAAUGCGAACAACAUUGGCUCACAUGCAGAACCGGCCGAUAUCGAGGACCCUGCCUUGGAAGCUGCAGAUGCGGAUCCUAACUUGAGUUCAAACGCAGGUGCUGCACGCAUGGAAAACGAUAUCAAGACGGGAGGUGUUCAGCGCAAGGGUGACCGAGACGACCCUUCAGCAGCAACCUUUGGUGAAGCCUGGGAAAUGAAAAAAGAACGUAUACGUCGCUCCUCGCCUUACGGCUGGAUGAAGAACUGGGACUUGAUUUCCAUGAUUGUCAAGACUGGGGCCGAUCUACGUCAGGAAGCUUUCGCCUGUCAGCUCAUCGCAGUAUGCUCAAAGAUCUGGGCUGAAGCCGAAUGCGACGUCUGGGUCAAGAACAUGCGUAUUCUCGUGACGGGUGAGUCCUCAGGCUUGAUUGAAACAAUCACAAACGGCGUAUCACUGCAUUCACUCAAACGCUCUUUGACUCUUUCCUCCAUCGCCUCUGGCACAAACCCACGGAAACGCAUCGCCACUCUGCACGACCACUUCACCACCACAUUUGGAAAACCUGACUCGGCGGCUUACAUUGCGGCUGUGGACAACUUUGCAAAGAGUCUAGCGGCAUACAGUGUCAUUUCAUACAUCCUGCAACUCAAAGACCGUCACAACGGCAACAUUCUCAUCGACAAUGUGGGCCAUAUCGUCCACAUCGACUUCGGCUUCAUGCUCUCCAACACACCGGGCAGCAUGGGUUUCGAAGCCGCGCCUUUCAAACUGACCCAAGAAUACAUUGAUGUCCUAGGAGGCAUGGACUCUGCUCCCUUUGGCAAGUUCAAGCAACACAUGAAAGAAGCAUUCCAAGCUUUACGACGUGAGGCAGAGAGAAUAGUCAUGUUGGUAGAUCUUAUGGGCAGACAAAGCAGGAUGCCAUGCUAUUCUGGCGGUGGCGUCACUAAUGUGGUGAAUGCUUUGCGUGCGAGAUUCGUGCUGGAGAAGAGUAAAGAGGAAGCUGGAUUGUGGGUUGAGGAGCUCGUGGCUAAGAGUGCAGGAAGUUAUUAUACCAGGCUGUGA